GGAAUCCUUCACAACGACAAUUGUGAAAUGUACAAGUUGCAAGUGUGAAUAAGUGUGGUGUGCACAGAUCAAUUUUAUCUUUCUCGUAUUGUUUGGAUUUUAAACGCCUUGUCCCGUACCGACCGAGUGCUCUGAAAAAGCCAAAAAUAGUACUUUCUCGCGUCCAACUCUUCCGUCGAAACAAGAUUUAAAAUGCACAUCGCGGUGGUAGGAUGCGGUCACGGAGAAAUCGACAAGAUCUACGAGGUGGUGGAGGAGAUUGAAAAACGUCGUGAGAUUAAAGUUUCUCUCGUCAUCUGUUGCGGUGAUUUUCAGAGCGUUCGGAACAUGACCGACCUCCGCUGCAUGGCUUGUCCCAUCAAAUACCAGCAAAUGCACGACUUUCACAGAUACUACUCUGGGGAGAAGAAGGCUCCGAUUUUAACCCUUUUCAUUGGAGGUAACCACGAAGCAUCCAACUUCUUACAAGAGCUUCCAUACGGCGGGUGGGUGGCCCCCAAUAUUUUCUACAUGGGUUAUGUCGGCGUUUUCAAGUUUGGUCCAGUACGAAUUGCGGGUAUUUCUGGAAUUUAUAAGGGUCAAGAUUAUUUGAAAGGUCGAUACGAGUCACCCCCGUACGAUCAAGGAACGAUGCGAAGUGUGUAUCAUUACAGAAACUUGGAUAUUUUCAGACUGAAACAGCUUAAGGAACCUGUGGACAUUAUUUUAUCUCAUGACUGGCCUAAAGGGAUUCAUCAGUUUGGAGAUACAUAUCAAUUAUUAAGAAGAAAACCCUUUUUUAGGGAUGAAAUUGAGAGAAAUGAACUUGGAAGUCGCCCUUUAUUCGAAGUUUUAGAAAAAGUACAACCCAAGUUUUGGUUCUCUGCCCAUAUGCACGUCAAAUUUCCAGCUCAUGUAACCCAUCCUGACGAGGUCAAAAAUGACGAGCAUUUACGGGCUGAUCUUGAGACCCAACAAGAACCAAAAAUUACAAAAUUCUUGGCACUAGACAAGGUGCUCCCUAGACGGCAAUUUCUUCAGGUUAUUGAGAUUCCAACACCCGUAGUGGCUGAAACACCUAGUACAGUUCUCGAAUAUGAUACAGAAUGGCUAGCAAUUUUAAAAUCUACGAACCAUUUACUUUCUGUUAAACAAAAACCCGGUUUCAUGCCAGGUCCAGGAGGCAAUUCCAGAUUUGAUUUCACCCCAAGCGUGGAAGAAAUAACGGAAAUUUUCAGUAUAUUUCAAGACAAUUUUUCUGUUCCCGACAACUUUUGUGAAACAGGAUCGACGUACCAAAAUGGGGACAUCCCAAAAACAGCGUUCCCGACUGAGAAUCCUCAAACGCGAGAAUUUUGUCAUAAACUUGGAGUUACCGACCCACUUCAAGAUAUCAUAGACAGCAAUCUUAAGAACCCAUUGUUGGAUAAAGCAGCGGAUCAAAGCUUUGGAUAUUCAGAUUAUUCUAGUCUCAUCCCAUCCCAGUUGGACAUCUCAAUGAACCGUACUUCUAUUUUUGAUGACUCCAUUAAUCCAAAUCCUGACGAGAUUGCACUAGAUGAUGAUGAAGACGCUGGAGACUUGCCCGCACGGGAUGUCGAAUCUACUACUAAAAAACAAGACUCAGUUUGUCGAAGUAAACUGGUCUUACCUCCUCCAAAAUCUUCCACAAGCAAACCAGAAGAUACAGAUGCAAAAGAUGGGGAUACCGAAGGGGAAACCACCGGUGCAAGUGCAGAGGAAUUACAACUUUUGAGAUCUGUGAUGGGUGAACCUGACACGGAAUCCGAGUCUGGAACGAAUCUAUUCUUUCUUGAUACUGGGGGUGGAGAGCCACACACAAAACGAAGAAAGGAUCUAGGGUCAUUUAAGUACUAGUGUUUUAGUUAGUUGGAUGUUACAUAUUUGUAAUUGUUCUCCCAGGAGUUAUUUAUGUAUGCAUUUCUCAAAGCCUGGCGAAAUACAUUGAGAAAAUAUAAAGUGGAUUUUGACUCCAGUCUGAGUAAAAGCAAUACAUUAAAUUGCUAUUUUGCUAGUACAUUUUGGGAGUUUUCAGGAAAUGUAUUUUUUCUUAUGAAGCGUGCCAAAAAAACUCACCAAUACUUAUUUGCAUCCCCACUCUUAAACACCUGUACAAAGUACAAAGUGUUUGGGUGAAUUAUAUUUUUUGAGAAAACUUUUAUGGCUAAAAAGUCGUACAAUUGAAUAUUGGUUGCAAACAAUAUGAACCAGAAUAGGAUUGAUAGUUCUCUAUUGAACACAAGCAAGAUGAUGUAUUUUUUCUAAUUUGAGAUACACAUACAACAAAUAAAUUUGAAUUGUUAUUUCGGAGUCAA